GUCCGUCGCCAGUGAAACCAAGACAACAGCCGCGGGUUCUGAGCGAGCGGGCUGAGCAGCCCCGGGAGCCCGAGCGGAGCGAUCGUGGGGCGGGAGCGGCCUGCGAUUGUGAGAUGGGGACUGAGAACAAGGAGAUAAUUCCCAAGGAAGAAAUUUCUGAAGAAUCUGAGCCACAUGGGGCAAUAGAAAAACUACCAAAGGUAGUUUACAAGGGUCAUGAGUUCGGAGCUUCAUAUGAAGAAGACUUGUUGGAGGGACAUUCAGGAGAGUCCACAGAAGAGAUUAUGGAGCAGAUAUCUUCUCAGGAGAGAGACUUUGCAUCAGGGUUGAUUAUCUUUAAGAAAUCACCCUCAUGUGAGAAAGACCAGGAGAAUGAGAGUGUGAGAGAGUACAAUCCAAGCCCAGACCUGGUGACAUGUCAGGGAGGUACUACAGCAGAGGCAGUUAGUACAUUUGCUACCUCUGGCCAAAACAUCAUAGAGAAUUUAGAACCUAACAAAACACAGAGAAGUUCUGUGGGAGAAAAACCUCAUACGUGUAAAGAAUGUGGGAAAGCCUUUAAUCAGAAUUCACAUCUUAUCCAGCAUAUGAGAGUUCAUAGUGGAGAGAAACCCUUUGAGUGCAAAGAAUGUGGAAAAACAUUUGGAACUAACUCAAGUCUUCGCAGGCACCUGAGAAUUCAUGCGGGAGAGAAACCCUUUGCUUGCAAUGAAUGUGGAAAGGCCUUCAUACAGAGUUCACAUCUUAUCCACCAUCAUAGAAUUCAUACUGGAGAGAGACCUUAUAAAUGUGAAGAAUGUGGUAAAGCCUUCAGUCAGAAUUCAGCCCUUAUUCUACACCAGAGAAUCCACACUGGAGAGAAACCAUAUGAAUGUAAUGAAUGUGGAAAGACCUUCAGGGUUAGCUCACAGCUUAUUCAGCAUCAGAGAAUUCAUACUGAAGAAAGAUAUCAUGAAUGCAAUGAGUGUGGCAAAGCCUUCAAGCAUAGCUCAGGCCUUAUCAGACACCAGAAAAUUCAUACUGGAGAAAAACCAUAUCUCUGUAACGAAUGUGGGAAAGGCUUUGGUCAGAGUUCCGAGCUUAUCCGGCAUCAAAGAAUUCAUACAGGGGACAAACCAUAUGAAUGCAAUGAAUGUGGGAAAACUUUUGGCCAGAACUCAGAGAUUAUUAGACAUAUUAGAAUUCAUACUGGUGAGAAGCCCUAUGUAUGUAAGGAAUGUGGGAAGGCCUUUAGGGGGAACUCAGAACUUCUUAGACAUGAAAGAAUUCACACUGGAGAGAAACCCUAUGAAUGCUUUGAGUGUGGGAAGGCUUUUAGGCGGACCUCCCAUCUUAUUGUCCACCAGAGAAUUCAUACUGGAGAGAAACCUCAUCAGUGUAAUGAGUGUGCAAGAACCUUCUGGGAUAACUCUGAGCUGCUUCUUCACCAAAAAAUUCACAUUGGCGAGAAACCUUAUGAAUGUAAUGAGUGUGAGAAAACAUUCAGUCAGCAUUCUCAGCUUAUCAUACAUCAGAGAAUUCACACUGGAGAGAAGCCUUAUGAGUGCCAAGAAUGUCAGAAGACCUUCAGUCGGAGUUCUCACCUACUUCGACAUCAAAGUGUUCAUUGUAUGGAGUAAUUUACAAAAUGGGAAAACUUUCUGUGGAAAAGCUGGUCAGGCAUAAGCUACAUCACAAGUUCUCAGAUCAAAUGAAUGGACAGAACCUCUUCUGUCCUUCUACUGAUUUUUAUUUAAACGGUUGGUCAAGUAGGAUGAGGCACUUUUAUGAAUUAUUCAUUGAGAAGUUUCAGUGUACUGAGUUAAAUCAUAAAAGCUGUUUCAGGCCUUAAUUCUCCUCUGCCCUUUUUCCUUCCCUUCCUAAUUCCUCCCCUAGUGGGUCACAUACCAUUAGGGGUCUACACACCAGCCAUCUAGCCUAAAUUGUUCCAACUUCAGGAAAAAUGGAGGAAUGUGAUCCCAUCCCCUCCUAAGAAUGAGAAUUGACUCAUUGAGUGUUGUCCCUUGAAAUCUUGGAAAGCGUUGGCCUAGAAGACAAAGCUUGUUAUCUUGGCCAACAUUU